AAUCUUUGCCGGCGCAGGUCUCUGACGGUAUCUUGCGGCGGAUACAUAACUUUUCAUUUAUACAAAUAAUACAUAAGAAUUUUAAUAAAUAUAUUUAAUAAUAAAAAUCAAGCUAAUUAUUAAAUUUUUAAAAACCGAAAAUGUAGUAAAUAAAUAUGAAUUCAGUGUUUUUAAAUAAAUCUUGAAAGUAGUGAAAUAUUGUAAAAUAUUAUGUGAAAGGAUACAUACAUAUGUAUGUAACUAAGUGAAAAAUAUCUGUAUGUAUUCUAUACUAAAAUAAAGAAAAAACUUUCUUAUGGAUAAAAUGUCAUAGAAUAAAAUUUCUUCAAAUGUUUUUAAAUAAAUGUCUGUGAAUUUUGUAUGGUGUUAGUGUUUUGUUUUGUGCGAACUAUACGAUUUUUUGCGAAACGAAUUAAUCGCAUAAAACGAGGUUUGAGUGUACUAAUCAAAUUCUUUAAUAAACAAGUCGGAGGGUAUAUUCGUUUAAUUUUAUAAAAUUUAAAUUUAUUUUAUUUUUCCCGCCUCUAUCAUUACUUUUUUAAUGCUGUAAUUCAAAAUCGCAGUUAUCCCACGUCCCAAGUUGGAGCCCUGAACAAUAAAUUAAUAAAAAGUAUUAUUUGGUCUCCACCAACCUCAAACGAGCUAUUUAGACUUUUGCAUUUCUUGCUCAAGUUUAAACCACCAUUGGAUACUUAAACUAGCAAACAAAAUUAACUAACUAAGUAUUCAAAGCUAAUUUCGAGGAUUAAUUUUAAAUUAAAAAUUAAUGGUUACAAUCACUAUUCGAUCAUCCAAAGAUUGGCCCUAAGAUUUUACAAUUCACAAAAUUAUGUAUGUGUAUGUCACAAUGGAAGCUACUAGUAAAUUGUAUGCCGUUAUGAAAAUGCGAUUCAAAUAAAAUAAAACAAAAAUUAUAAUAAACAUAUCAUUUAAACGAAUAAUAAGGACAUGUCUAUUACGGGAUCAUUGUUAACAUACGAAAAUAAUAACCACAUUGUAAAUAAAUCAAAAAAACGAAGCUCAACUUAUUAUUCUUCCAAUAUCAACACAAGCAUCUUAUCUAAUUCAGCAAACUCUAUGGGAAAAGAAACACCAUUUAGUUUAAAUUCGAGUAUUUCGAAUGCAGUUUUAAGUGAUCCAAUUGGCAAUCAUAAACAACACCAUUCACAUCCUAAUUUUCAAAGCCAUCGUUUGCCAGCCAAGUAUAUGAAUUCGAAAAGAAAGCAUGCUAAAUAUAGUAGUAUGUAUUCGCAGAUAUAUCCAGAUCAUAACAAUUAUUUACAUUUAAAUUCCUUAUGGUCAAUAUGGUAUGGAGUAUUGCUUACUUUAUUCCAAGGAUAUUUAGCAGUUCAUGGUGCUUAUAGAUUUUUGGGUUGUUCCCUAAUCCCAUGGACAAUUGAGCCAGUAGCGGAGCUGAAUUUACAAAUUAUUCUUUCUGGCUUGGUUUUCGUAUUACUACCAUUCUUCUUUACCUCAGCCGUUUUUAAAGUUGGUAACUUGGCAAAUGAUGGAAUUAAAUUAGGAAGCGCUGCAAAAGACCGCCAUUGCUCAAUGACACCUCACGAUGGUUUAGAAGAAGAAUCGGGCGGUGGUACUUUGCGAACUUUAUGGACACAUGGUGGGCCCACUGCUGCCUUUAUACAUAUUUUAAUAGCCAUGUGUUUACUUUUGCCACGAUUACUCUUGGAAGGACGUGUAAUUGAAAAUGGUCUACUACCAAGAGAAACAAUUUGGCAAACUGAACUGGAUUUUAUGUCAGUAAAUCGUCGCAAUUUAGUAGUUUUAUCUAUAAAAGCUUCACCCUAUCAAAACAAUACACUCCUCGAACAAGAAGAUGAAGAUUACUUCAAUGACACUAUAUUUACUGUUUAUUCGAAAAAUGGCAAAGAUAGUUAUAGACAAGAAAAUAAAAACGUUCUUAUGGAAUCUGGAAAAAUAAAAUAUUUCGAAAUUCCCGAUUUAGUUGAUUCAAAAAAUGUUAUAACGGAAUAUACACCAACAACAGUACCAACCGUUUCUCCUACUUAUCGGCCGACUGUAACAUAUGAAGAUGUUACUACAAAUGCAUCAAUUGUGGUAACUUCUACCGAAGUAACUGAAAGAAACGUUGCGUCAACAAAUACAUAUCUUGACGUUGCAACAAUCAUUGCAAACUCUGUUAGUCCUAAUUAUAGCGAGUUUAAUUUGUUCACUUCAUCAACCCCAAAACAUAUUUCAUAUCAUAUACCACAUCAUCAACAACAUCAAAGUCAAAAUAGUCAUUAUGGUAAAUCGACUCGUAAACAUCACAGACAAAGAAAAAUUUCUACGUCUUUGGGACAACGUAAAACUCAUCAACAACAUUCUCAGCAUCGUGUUGCUAUGAAAUCUUCUAGGCGAGUGAAAGAUAUGCGUUAUUCAAAUAAUGAUAAAUACGGAGAAUCUGUAGAAUUUAAUAAUCUCGAUGAAUUUAAUGUUUCAUAUUCGAGUGAAGAUAAUGGUGGCAACAUAUAUGAGCAUAGACCCUCUUUAUAUGAAGAAUCUGAUUAUGGCCGUGCUAGAGUUGCCAGUUAUCCAAAAUCGUCAACUGCAAUUAGCACAACUACUCGGGACAGUAAUAUUCAUAUUGUCAAACCAGAAAAGCUGCCUGAAAUUAUACCAUCGACUCCAUUAUCAAGUAAUUCUAAAAUUAUUGAAAUUAAAACAAAAUCAAACAAAAAAUUUAAAAGAGAUAUUCCUUUAACCGUGGAAAAUCAGGUAGAAAUUGAACCAGAGUAUUUAGUUGGCGAUUUAUCAUUGAAUGAUUCAAACGAAUAUAUAGCAGAAAUAACCCCGUUUGAAUCUUCCACUACUUCUGGCAUUCAAUCACCUAAUUCCGACGAUAGUAUUGUACGUCUCGAUGGAUUUGCUGGUAUGUUGCAGUUGUUUCUGGGCGUUGAAAAACCUAUAGAUGUCAAUGUAUUUAUCCAUCCACCAAGUGCUGAGUUUAUUAAUCUAUUGUUCGCCCUUUUGGUUUGGUGCGUUCGUUAUCCCGCGGUAUUUUGGACUACAGCCAAAUCAUUCGCUACCAUAUUUAGCGUGCAAAUGAUUGCAUCAGCGUUAGAUAUUGUAUUUAGUUUCGUUGGAAUAUCGAAUCUUUUUAAGCUACAAAUUUACAGCCAAGGUCAGCCGAUACAAAAUGCCGGCUUAAUCCUUAAUGCCAGUGUUACACUUGCCUUAUUUUUGCUCUCCGUCAUAUUAAUACUAUCUUCAUCGAUGAUUUUGUAUUUGCACGGGCAUGGACGUUUAUCAGCUAAAAUGCGUGAUAGAUCUAUAAUAUCAUUGAAGUCCAAUGAAUCUUGGAUUUAUUUUUCCCAUUGUGCCUCGCUGUGUUACGUUUUGGCAUUAUCAGUAGUUAAAGCACCAUUAUUAAAUGAUUUAAAUGCAAUAUAUCGAUACAAUUUGCACUGCCCUACUUUCAUGGCAGCCCUUGUAAGCGUAAUGCAUAUAUUUCUAUGGAUUAUAAUUUGGCUGGGUUUGACUGUAAAACGUAAAUGGAGUUUUAAAUUGCCGCCUUUGGAUGCAUACGCAAUAAUAGGGAAAGCUACUACACAACCUUUACUCAUGCACAAUAGAGGAAGUCUAACAAAUACCACAACAGCUAGCUUAAAUAAUUCCACCACUAUUGGCGUUAGUAGUUCCUCAGCAAGUGAUAAUAUGGAACUCAAAAUAAACAGUGAAAAUUCCGGAAAUCUAAUCAGUAAUGCAUCGAGCUCUGAUGUACUAAAUGAUGCACAUCCAGAUGACAUAUAUUGGCCUAAAAUAACACCAAGUUCUCCGAAAUUAAAAGUCACAUUCAAUGAAGUUACGAGUACGUCUGAAGAUGAUCAUCAUCAUCAACAAAGUGGUGAACAUGAACAAAACGAUGGCAAGCGCGAUUCGACCCGUGGAACCUCGGUAUGUUUUACCAGUAUUGAGGGGGAAAUUGAUGAUGGAGAAUAUGCAACAUUAAGAUCAGGCACAGCAAUAAUUGUUGGCAAGACUUUAGGCAGCAGUGGUGAAACAGGAAGCAGUAUUGUUUUUUCUAAAGCGCAUACACCAACUGGAGUUGUUAAAUUUUUACAUUUGAGUGAAUACGAAGAACUGCCACCUCCUCCUCCCAAUAUGAUAUCUUCCAUGACGAUCACUGACCAUACAACAACAGUAACUAUUAACCCUAAUAAUUAUGAUAAUUGUCUUGAAGUCAAUGAAGAUAAGUUGUUUGGCGAUGAUAACAUAUCAGAAGAGGGAAAAUUAUUGGAAUGUGUGCGUGAUGAUAGUGUGACUUACGCUUCUACACGUGAUUUAGAACCACCGUUACCGCCACCACCAGAUACAGCGAUAGUAUCUGUCACACACAGUAAUAAUUUAUCAAUAUUACAAAAAAAUACGAAACAAAUGCCUGAAUCUUCUUUAACUGCAGAGAAUUUAAUCAGUCCUUUAGCACCAGUAAGGGUUGCUGUACACGCAAAUGAAGCACAUAUUGCUUCAAGUUUUACUCCCCGCUGCUUACGACGAGCCGACUCCGGUGUCCCUCAAGAAGCAUUAACACCGCGAAGUGACACUGCUUCUUGUGGCACUGAGAGUACAGUAUCUCCACCAGAGCGAGCACCAUCCGAGUCAUCCAGUGGCGUUCACUCAGCUGAAGAACGAGAAAUUGAAGUUGUUAUAAGACCUAGAGUUGCCUGUAAGCCGCUUUUAAAACAACCACAACCUGUCAUCCAAGAAGAACCUUAUGGCCGUUGCACGAAUAUGCGAAUGUCCAGUUUUGCAACUGGAAGCAAUACAAAUAGUGCGACUUUGCCCUUACAGCGUUCCCACACAGACCAAAAAAUUGAUUAUUCUCAACAUUGCAGUACAAUGCCACUCCCUUUAAAUAGUCACAAUCAUUACCAACAAGCACAAACAGCUGUGUAUGCAACUUCGGCCCACAGCAUGUUUCAAACUCAAAACGCUGCCACUAAUAUAAGUUCGUUUAAAAUGCCAUUAUAUGCCAAUUCAGGAGUUGCUAUGUCGGGUUAUAAACCACACCAAAUGAACAAUCGAGUUGAACAAACACGACCACCAAUUCCGUCGCCACCACAAGUCACACACACUACCUUGCCAAAUGGUACACGUUACUCCAAUCCUAAUAUCUUAAGACGCCAUCCCUAUGUCAAAGGAGCAGAUCCACUAUACAGUCAUCAAACUUUUUCAAAAAUAGGUUAUGAAAGUUCUCUGGUAAACUCAACUAUACACGAGGAUCGAGAUUCUGCCAAUUAUUCAAUGAUCUCCGACCAGGAAAGUCUCUAUGCUACAGCAAAUGCUUUACAUUAAUAUUCCACUAAUGGUUAUUAUUUUUUAAAUACAGAUAUUAUGUACUUUAAAAAAAAUAUUUGUAUGCUUUUAAUAUAAUACAUAUUUAUAUAAAAAUAUAUACAUACAUACAUACAAAUGAAAUACAACAUAAUUUAUGUAUGGAUGUAUGUAUGUAUGAGUUUAAUUAAAUAAUCACUCAAUAAUACUUAAAUUACUUAUAAUAAUUACUUCCCUAUUAUUGCUUGAUAAUCCAGAGUCCUAUACAUAUUAAUGGACUCUUACGCAAAUUAUUUUACAAAAUUAUGAGAGUUAUCACUACCAUGCGAGGUUUCUUGUUUGCCAUUGUAUUUUUUCCAUUUUAUGGUAAUAGUAUAUCUGUUUUUAUACCAUAAUGUUAUAAAAUUCUUAAGACAACCUGAAGAAAACUCGAUUAGUAACAUAAUUCUCCUGUACAGUAUGUAUAAUUUAAUACAAAUAAAAUUAAAGCUAACUAUAGAUACUUAUAAAAACACUAAUACAUAAAUUGUGAUUGUAAUAUUUUCAUUAAAUCAUAUCCCCACACUUUUUUUAUUAUUAAGUAAAUUACCAUUUUUGGUAAUACAAAUUUGCGUGGAAAACACAAAGCACAAAUCAUAUUUAACUUUUAUUUUCCUUCUUUAAUGUUACUUUAAAUUUUAAUUAGAGUAAUACAAUAUAAAUAAAACCCUAAAUACAUAGUAGAUAUUCUUUAAGACAUAUUGCUAACAAUAUUUAAAUAAAGUAUGUAUAAUU